AUGGAUCCAGGACCGUCCUCCGCCUCUUCUUCACAAUCGGCUCCAGAGCUCCCUCUCCCAAAAACUUACUUUUCGUCCAUCGAGUUUCCUGGCUACGUCGCUCCGUCCUCUGUUCCUCAGAUCUUGCAGACUCUAGGCGGUCAGGCUAAUGUGAAUGCGGCCUUCAAACGAAAUGCAAACAAACAGGAUGCUCUGCUCGAACUAAACUUCAGACCAGGGAAUCCGUUCUCUCAUCCUGUUCCUGGAGAUAUAGUCCCUACGAAUAACAUCGUUCUGAAAAUUGUGAAACGGAAGAGAAAGAGGGCCCCUGUGGCGGAGGGAGAGAAAGGCGAGGACGGCGCGAUUGGGGAGUAUACGGCGGAAGCGAUUGGUGUCAUUCCAAAGACAGCUAGGUUUCGAAGCAUGGCUGAUUUCCAGUAUCAACCUGAUAUGAGUGAUCCUGUGGCGAAACUACGUCUUGCUAUGGGCACUAUGGAUGUUGACGCAAUUCGCGCAUACACGGUUCCUGAGGAGAAGGAGGACUACCUCAAGGACGAAGAUCCAAACGCUAUGGAUAUUGUCAUCGACCCUGCAUUGACCGGAGAAACUGGGGGGACGCCACCAACCUCUUCGAAGAAGAAGAGUAAUCUGCGACUGUUUCCUCCCCCUUUGUUCAGUCGUCAGAGCGUACCGCAGAAUUAUAAUUUCAAAGCGAAUCCUGUGUCUGUGGUUGCGACUACAAUAGAUGAAGAGACGGGAGAAGAGAAGAAGAGACUCAUCAAUAAGAUGAGAUGGCAAGGCUAUGGACCCGCCUCUAUCUUGUACUCCGAGAAAGAGGUGCCAAAACGCGCACCAGCACAUUGCGAGAAAGUUCGAGACCAGUUCGAUCAAAAACUUCUAAAGAAGUUGGAAGAUCUCCUCCAAGAGAGACCCAUAUGGACCCGUCAGGCCCUGUUCAACCAAUUCACGCCCGCAGAGGCUAGGGAUAUUCACAACUCGAAAGUCAUCCUUCCCCUCAGCUGCUACGUCUUUCAGGACGGCCCUUGGAGGGACACCAUGAUCCGCUUCUGUUACGAUCCCAGGCUCGACAAGGAAGCUAGAUUUUACCAACGGCUAUACUUCCGAAACCUCAACCAUUCCAUCGUUCGCCCUUCGCUCAUUACACGUCGGCAGGAAAACCGGUACUCGUUGACUUCAAUCAGUCGGCCCUUGACGGAGGAUGAGCUUUCGGAGAGACGAGUAUCCCAUAUCUUCGACGGCGUUACUCCCUCAAAAGAGACCGCAGCCUUCCAGCUGUGCGACAUCACAGAUCCGAUGAUCAAAGCCAUGGUAGACGACCCGGAAGAAGUCAGGGAAGUCUGCAAUGAACGCGAUGGCUGGUACACGACGCACCAGCUGGAGCGCAUCAAGACAGUCCUGCGCCACAAGUUCUUCUCGCUCCAGGAAGGGCACGUCGCCACAGACGAGGAGUGCGCGAAGCUCUUUGCGGCGACGUCAGAGGGAUCGAAAAGAGUGAACAGGCGUGUUCUCAGACCAGGACGCCAUAAUAUGGCGAAAGGGGCAUUGCCUCCGGAAGAUGCAGCAGCAUUGCGGUUGACCGAGGCUCUAAGACAGCGAGCGACGCAGACGAGUACUCCAGACAGACAAAGUGCAGAUCGUUCAUGAGCCAGAGGGGCUCCCAUCCACCCAAGUCAGACUCCAGGUU